AUGUCACGCCGCGAUCCCCCCCAGGGUGACGUGGAGGAGGACGAGGCGGUGCCGGACAGCGAGCAGGACAUCAAGCCGCGGUUCCACAAGUCGCGCACGGUGACGCUGGCGCACGAGGAGCAGCGGGGGGGGGACGGCGACGGGGACGGCGACGACGAGGACGACGACGAGACCCUGUCGGACUGGAACCUGCGUAAGUGCUCGGCCGCCGCCCUGGACGUCCUGGCCAACGUGUUCCGCGAGGAGCUGCUGCCCCACCUGCUGCCCCUGCUCAAGGAGCUGCUCUUCCACCUCGAGUGGGUGGUCAAGGAGUCGGGGAUCCUGGUCCUGGGGGCCAUCGCCGAAG